CAAUCAAAGAAAAUCCAGAGGCAUGACGGCCAUUUUAUUUUAUUGAAAAUUUGGAACGCAUUCGCUUACAUAAAUGUAAAGUGAACGCAUCUAAAAAAGUUUUGAAGUUUGUUAUUAUUUAUCAAUGUUUUCCCAAGUGUUUUUAAACAUUUAAUUAUGGAGAAAAUGCUGUCUGAAUCUGAAACUCAAGGUCCAAAUAUGGUCAAUUUGCAUUUGAAAAAUGUCGUUGAGGGCUUAGUAAAUGGCUCACUAUCACAGAAACUGUGUAGGAUUUGUUUAUCUCCUCUGGAUGAUCAAUGUGAAAAUGUAUUUACCAAAAUAUGCAAAGCAAACAAGGAAUACAGCAUAGCCUGUGUGCUAGAUCAGGUUUGCAACAUUAAGCUUCUAGAGGCUGACAACUUCUGUGUGUGCUCUGACUGCUUCAUCAGUGCCUCUUCAGCAUACAAGUUCUACUUAAAUUGCAGAAGAACAGAGGAAAUUCUCGAUUUUUAUGUUAACGAAUUGGAAAAUAAUGUGCAAUCCUUAGAAUGUGUUCAAUUAGAUGACAUUGGCCCUGUUUGCAUAACUUUACCCACUAUAAGUGAUGGCUUAAACAGUUUCGACUAUGAUUUAGAGGGCUUGUCAAUAGAUAAAAGUAAAGAUUUUGAGAUAUACAUAGAAAAUGACAAACAUGUUGCAACCAAGCAGGAGACCCAUGAAUCUGAAGAAGAAGGAAAUAUGUCUGAAAGCUCAUUUAUGAAUAGCAUUCCUGAAAACAAUGAUAUUACUGAAGCCACAGCUGAUGAACAAGAUAACGUUGAUGAAAAUGACAAAGAUGUAAUCAUCAUACUUGAGGAAGGCAAACCUAAAUUUUACAACACGGCAGAUGAUGGCACUCUCAUAGAAAUAAAGAAAGAACAGGAAGACAACUACAAAUCAGUAUUUCAGGAGUACGUUGAACAAAAUGGUGGUACAAUCAAUGUAAAGAAAGUUCGUAAGAAGAGGUCUCCGAUGUUGUAUCAGAAGUGUAGUCAGUGUCCCGUCAGGUACCGGUUCACAACAAAGCUAAGGGACCACAUGAAGACAGAUCACAAUAUUGACCUCUACAUCUGUAAGAUAUGCAAGUUCAACACAGAAGACCAAUCGGGAUACCGGACGCACCUGCUGAUGCAUACCAAUGUCUACAUCUGUGACACCUGCGGAGUCAGCUUCAAGAAGCGAGACACCAUCAUAGCACAUCUGCAGCGGCACCGGACUUGCAACCAUUUUAAUAGAACAGAUGGCGCGCAAAUCUGCGAAGUCUGCGGGCAGAUCUUACUCAGCGAUACCCAGCAAGAGCACUACGACAAAGCCCACGAGAAAAAAUACACAUGCUACUACUGCGGCCGCAGCUAUAAGGGCGGGGGCAGCUUCGAGGCGCACAUCAGGAAGCAUGAGGAACAUAGCGCGAAUGAUAAAUACCCCUGCGACCAGUGUGAAACGGUUUGCAAGACGCGGGUGGCUCUUCAGAACCACAUAGAGACAUUACACAAGUUCGCAACCAAAUCGCACAAGUGUAGUCAGUGUGACAAGACCUUUAGGACUGCGGAGCUGCUGAGCUCGCACGAAAAGACGCAUGGCACGGAUUUCGUUUGUCAGACGUGCAAUCGUUCGUUUGUGGAUGCGCGCGCGCUGUUGUGGCACCAGCGACUGCAUAACAACGAGAGGCCGUACCCUUGUGGCAUCUGCCCUCGAGCCUUCGUGUCGGCCAACCGGCGCAACUGCCACGCUCUUUGUGCACACACAGAACCCACGAGGCGGUGUCCACUCUGUCCUGCGCUCUUCCAUCUGCGGUCUAUGGUCAACUCGCACAUUAAGAAGGUGCACCUAAACGCCCACAAGCGUCGCAACAGAAGCACCACCAAAUACCAAGACGUCUACUGGAAAACUGAACCAGUACCAAUACAAGAACUGAGCAUUUCCAUACAGAACGACCUGUUAGAACUACAGGCGGGGAAUAAACUUACUAGUACGUCUUCUUAGCGUGUUUAUGACAACUAGAGAUGGUGUUUGUCACCGUGGUGACAGGAUCAGUCAGUCAGAAUAGCAUAACCUAACCAACAUUUAAAACCCCCGACAUUCAACACUAAAAGUCAUAUAACUUAUGAAUGGCUAAGCCGAU